CCACCGCCAGACCUCUCCAUCCUCUCCAGCUCCAGAGAUCUCCACACAGCACCACCAUGAGUCUGAGGAGCAAGCACAUCAGCCGCCCAGGGUUGCAUAAGUCGUCAGGGGGCUUCAGCAGCUUUUCCAUGGGGUCCUACUCCAUCCCCAAAAUCAGCACUGCCACUGGGAACCAGAUUACACCUGUGACCAUCAACAGGAGCCUGCUCACCCCUCUGAAGAUAGACAUUGAUCCCACCGUCCAAGCUGUCCGCACCAAGGAGAAAGAGCAGAUCAAGACUCUCAAUAACCGCUUUGUCUCAUUCAUUGAUAAGGUAAGAUUCCUGGAACAGCAGAACAAAAUGCUGGAGACCAAAUGGAAGCUGCUGCAGGGACAGACUGCCGCCUCCUCUAACAUCGAGCCCAUGCUGAAGUCCUACAUCACCAACCUGCAAAGACAGCUGGAGUUUCUCAACAAUGACAAACACAGGCUUGACAUGGAGAACAAUGUCAUGCACAAAAAUGUUGACGACUACAAGACAAAGUAUGAGCAUGAAAUCAACAAGAGGAAUGAAGCAGAGAAUGAGUUUGUCAUGCUCAAAAAGGAUGUGGAUGCAGGCUAUCUGUCCAAGGUGAAUCUGGACGACAGCGUGGCUGCUAUCACUGACGAAUAUAACUUCCUCAAGGCUCUGUAUGAUGCGGAGGUGCGUGAGCUGCAGGAGAGCCUGAAGGAGACAUCUGUGGUGGUGCAGAUGGACAACUCCCGUGGCCUGAACAUGGAUCACAUCGUGGCUGAAGUUAAGGCUCAGUAUGAGGACAUUGCUGCCCGCAGCCGUGAGGAAGCUGAAAGCUGGUACAAGAACAAGUUUGACCAGAUGACUGCUGAGGUUGACCAGUAUGGAAAUGAGCUGCGUACCACCAAGGGAGAAAUAUCUGAGCUCACCCGAAUGAUCAGCCGCCUGCAGAAUGAGAUUGUGACUGUAAAGGCACAGCGUGAUACUCUAGAGGGCCAGGUGGCCGAAGCGGAGCAGCGCGGGGAGGCGGCCGUGCAGGAUGCCAAGCUUCGCAUCAGGGACCUGGAGCUGGCUCUUCAGAGGGCCAAACAGGACAUGGCUCGCCAGCUGAGAGAGUACCAGGAGCUCAUGAAUGUCAAGCUGGCCCUGGACAUAGAGAUCUCUACCUACAGGAAACUGCUGGAGGGAGAGGAGGAAAGACUUGGACAGGACUCUAUUCUCAACAUCCAAACAGUGCCCAAUAAAACCUCAGUUAAACACCACCGAAGUCCACUUCUCAUCAAGACCGUGGAGACCCACGACAGAUCAUACAACUAAGGCAAAACACCAUGCAGUACUCUGAACUGCUGCAUCACCGUGGCCACUUAACUCUACCUUUACAUUAAUCUCCUUGUAACCCACAAUGAGCCUACUGCACCCAUGAGCCAACUGUGUGUGUUAAUUGUUUAUUUCCCUUAUAUUUGUGUCGGAUGUGACAUUAUUAACUGUUUUCCAUAUUUAUCAUAAAGAUGAUUUCAGCUA